AUGGCGCAGAAGAGGUUGAAGGGAAAGUCCCACGAAAAGAGCGGCGGUGCCCUGCGCAAGUCCGUUGGGGAUUCGAAGAAGAAGACCGUCUACGGGAAACGGCGGAAGACAAUUGAGGCGAAGGCGCGGGCAAAUUAUGCUUCCGCCGUCGAGUCGCGUAUGGCUUCUCGCGUGCCGUCAGAUCAGCGGGGCCGCCUCACCGUCGUGAAGCCCACUGCCGGACAGACGUCGCAGCGCGAGAAGAAAAAACACAUGAAGAAGCCGCUGACGAGGGGCCGUAGACGCAAGGAUGCAAAGAAGGCGUAA